AGAUUUUUUUCUUCUAGGAAUCAGAAUUAUGAAACACAAGCAUUUCCUUCCCCCCAGGAUGAGAUGACGUGUGUUCCCCUCCACAUAAAUUGGGGCGAUAUCAAAAGAAAAAGGAUCAGAGAUGUCACAAGGCGAAGAUGCCGUCGGCAGCUACGAGAAAUGGGAUUUUGCUGAGGGGACGGAGUUGGAGAAGGAAGAGCAGAGGAAACCUAAAGGAGAAAAUACCCGUUGGGGAGCAAGUUAUUUGGGGCUGCCUCACCCCAUUUCACCCCCGGCAAUGCUGUCCAUCCUAGCCUUGUCUCCCGAGAGAGCUGUUGUGCUGCUGUACGUGCUUCUGGCCCUCACCUUCGUGCUCUUCAUGGCUCUCACCAUUGUGAACCUCCAGAGAGCCUGUGAACUCUCCAGGGCUGGAUCCGGAGUGAAGGCAAGUGCUCUCCUCUUCUCCUCUCCAGUAUCCACGGUGUGGGAGGUGUUGGAACAAGCCCGGAUACGGAGUGAGAACAGCCACAUGACGGCAUGGCACAACCUCUCGGAGGUCCAGCGCGCCCUCGAUAAACAGCUCUCUGGUGAGCUCAAGGCGAUUCACAGCCAACUUCUGAAUGUGUCGCAAGAAGUGGAGAACGUGCGGUGGAAGAUGACGCAGUGCGAAGAGGAGUGCGGGAAGGAGCUGUCGGAUCGCCUCCGUGUCCUGGAGGAAAGGGACGGUCUGGAGCCAGUGCUGCGGCAGCUGGCAGAGGUGAAGCAGGAGCAGAGCCGCGCAUCGGCGCUCCUUGACGCGGCGCUGGAGGAGACACGCAACCUCUCAGAAAUUAUCUGCACGAGGUGUCCCGCCGGCUGGCAGCAGUUUGCCAAAACCUGCUAUUUCUUCUCCUCCACCACCAAACCUUGGCUGGCCGCUAAAGACUUCUGCACCAACUUCGAUAGCCAUCUGGCCAUCGUCAACACCGAGCAGGAAAAUAAAUUUCUGGCAAAUCACAUCAUGGACACUCGGGUGUUUUGGCUGGGCCUGACCGACAUGCACACAGAAGGCAACUGGCAGUGGGUGGACGGCCGCAUCCUCUCUCUCUCGUUCUGGAACAGCGGGGAACCCAACAACGUGGGCCACCAGGGCGAGGACUGUGCCACCAUCUAUUCCAGCGGCCACUGGAACGACGCUACCUGUUCCAACGCCGAGGCCUGGGUCUGUGAGCGCAGCUGCUAGUGGCUCCCCUCCCCGGGCCGCCUGCUUACCUUGCCGGGGCUUAAAAAACGGGAGAAAAAACAGUAAAAAUCUGGCAAAACCAAGCACAGGGUGAAAACACGAGACUCGGGGGGGGAAAAAGGUAUCCAAAAAUGGGUACCUCCACUUCCCAAAAGCGGGGUGCGCUGCCUGAGGUGGACACAGCGCUGUGGCGGAAGGGUUAAAUGGUUUGAGAGGGUCACUUUUGGGGGGAGGUGAGGGGGUGGGUUUAGAGAUUUUUGGGAUAUUUGUUAACAUUUUUUGAGCUGUUUACCUGUUGUGCCGAGGCUCAACGUAUCGCUUGCCUUGUUAAUCAGGAAAAACCACCUCAUAAAUAAAGUGCUUCAAUUGUGA